AUGACCUAUGGCCAUAGAAUUUUGAAGGCAAUUUGUCAGGAGCAACAGGGUAUGAGGGAUUUUCCCGCCAUCAAAUCAGCACAGAACCCCACAAGUCAGGACAUGCUGCUUGGUGGUGGUGCUGACAACACAAGAAGAUGGGUGAACAAGGCCCCAACUCUUGGGAAAGCUGGUGCAAAGCCAGCAGAGAUGCCCAGUAGAGCCAAGAUGCUCUGUGCAGGAUCAGAAUCUAACGAGAACCUCAGCGUAAUAGAGCCCAAAGGUUUGGAGGUAACCUUGUCAGAUGCUCCUCAAACAACUGAAGAGGGGCAGAGGGGCUCCCUUCGGGUCUAUAUACCCCCGGGUGAAGACGAGCGGUGGGACAUGAGUCCGAUGAGCGACUCGGGAAAGCCGCUUCACCAAAUGGCAGGAUCUCUGACCAAGGUAGGGGAGAUCUCCAAGGAUGGACAAGACAGGAGCCAGGGAGAGAUGGAGAAACUGACCCCCUUACGACUCCCACCUUUGGCAUUUAUUCCACUUAGAGUGGAAAUCACUGAUGCCUUGAGACACAAUGACUCCUCAAUCAAGAGCUGCAACCAAAGUCACUCAAUCGCCCACAAGGAUCAAGAGGGCUGA